UAUAGCAGAGCAGAGAGAUACUCUGACACAACCAUGAUUUGUGUUUCUACUAAGUUUGUUGUUCUGGUCCUCAUCUAUGUUAUCCACUCUAUCACAUGUCCAGCACGUGGCACCCUCCCCGGCACUUGGGAGCUCCUUGUCCCUAACGCCGGCAUUGCCUCCAUGCACACCGCCGUCACCCACUACAACACCGUCGUCCUCCUCGACCGCACAAACAUCGGCCCUUCCAAAAUCCGCCUCCCCGCUCACCGUUGCCGCAACGACCCCAACGAACCCAUUUUGAAAAAAGACUGUUUUGCCCACUCCGUCGUCCUCGACCUCAAAACCAACGCUAUCCGCCCGCUAGAGAUCCUCACCGACACGUGGUGCUCCUCCGGCCAGUUCCUCCCCGACGGCACUCUCCUCCAGACCGGCGGCGACCUCGAGGGGUUCCGGAAAAUCCGGAAGUUUUUUCCGUGUAAUGCGUCGUCGUUUUGCGAUUGGGUGGAGCUUAAAGACGUCCAGCUCGCCGAAGGGCGGUGGUAUGCUACUAAUCAAAGACUCCCCGACGGCCGUGUUAUUAUUGUCGGUGGCAGGGGGGCCCACAGCGUGGAGUUUUUUCCUCCCCAAAACGGCGCCGUUCCUUUGCCUUUCCUCGGGGAAGUUGAGGAUGACCAAUUGGAUAAUCUUUACCCUUACGUUCACUUACUCCCAAACGGCCAUCUUUUCAUCUUCGCUAAUACUAAGGCGGUAAUGUAUGAUUAUGUAAAGAAUGUAUUUGUCAGAGAUUUUCCGGUGCUCGACGGCGGCCCCCGGAACUAUCCCUCCGCCGGGUCGUCGGCGAUGCUCGCGCUUACCGGGGAUUAUUCCUCUGCUUCUAUUGUAAUCUGCGGCGGAGCGGAAUACGGGUCGUAUUUACAGCAUAUUACGGAUAGUCCGGCCCAUACAAGCUGCGGGCGGAUCGAGGCCACCGGGUCGGACCCGGUUUGGGAAAUGGAGGAUAUGCCGUUCCCGAGGAUUAUGGGGGACAUGGUAAUGCUCCCCACCGGAGAUGUCAUGAUCAUCAAUGGCGCAAUGAAAGGUACCCAAGGUUUCGGAAUGGCUUCCAACCCGGUUUUGAACCCGGUUCUAUAUCGACCCGAUGAGCCCGUGGGGCUCCGGUUUAUGACUCUGAAUCCGGGUACGGUGCCCAGGAUGUACCACUCCACCGCCAACCUAUUACCCGACGGUAGAAUCUUGCUCGCCGGAAGCAACCCGCACGUGUUCUACACGUUCAAAGGCGACUUCCCGACGGAACUAAAAAUUGAAGCAUUCUCGCCGGAGUAUUUAUCAACCGACAGGGCGAAUCUUCGGCCUGUCCUGGUGGAUUUACCGGAGAAAGUGGCGUUCGGAGAGCAAUUUGAGGCAAUUGUGACGGUGGAAUUGCCGGUGGUUGGUAUCGUGGAGGUGAAUUUCGCCAGCGCACCAUUCGCAACCCACUCGUUCUCUCAAGGACAACGGCUAGUUAAGGCGGCGGUGUCAAGUGCUAUCCCUAAGGGCGCCGGUAAGUACAAGAUAUGCUGCACGGCGCCGCCGAACGGGAACGUGGCACCGCCGGGAUAUUACAUGGUUUUUGCCGUAAACCAAGGAGUACCUAGCGUGGCACGGUGGGUCCAAGUAACCGCUUAAUUGGAUAUUUUUCUCAUAAAAUUAUCCUAGCUACCAUUAGUUUUAAUCUCCUUUGUCAUUUUCAAACAUUUAAAUAAGUUAAGUAGUAGUAUUCAAAAAAAAAAAAAAAAUAAGUUAAGUAGUAACUAAUCAUUCUUUAGAUUUUGUAAUCUUGAAAAUUGUAAAUUUGCUUCAUUUAAUUUUGUUA